AUGACCCGCUUGGGCCCUGGGAAUGGGAAUCUGGAGGUUAGGGAGGAAAAGCCGUUUUCCUCGUGCUCCGGCCGCCCGCUCGCCGUGCCGGAGCGCUCCAGGAUCCCGUGCGGGACGGCUCACGCCGGGGUUUGCCGCAUGCAAUUCAACCAGACAGCCCAGGGCGGUGCGAGUAGGACGGGCAAAGGCAGUCAGGAUCAGCUGCUGUUUCUCUUUCCAGAGUUCAAUCAGCAGAACCAGGGGGCCGGGCCGCUCGAGGACGCCUGCGCCGAGACCCCCAGCAAGAAGAUGCGGCGCAACCGCUUCAAGUGGGGGCCGGCCUCCCAGCAAAUCUUGUACCAAGCCUACGAGCGGCAGAAAAACCCCAGCAAGGAGGAGCGCGAGGCGCUGGUGGAGGAGUGCAACAGGGCCGAGUGUCUCCAGCGGGGGGUGUCCCCGUCCAAGGCGCACGGGCUGGGCUCCAACCUGGUCACCGAGGUGCGCGUCUACAACUGGUUCGCCAACCGGCGCAAGGAGGAGGCCUUCCGCCAGAAGCUGGCCAUGGACGCGUACAGCUCGGGGCCGCCCCCGCACAGCAUGAACCUGCUGCUGUCCCACGGCCCCCCCCACCACAACCAGCCCAGCGCGUCGCCCCCCAGCAAGAUGCCAGGAGUGCGGUACAGCCAGGCGGCGAGCGUGGCCGUUUAUGACUGGGUCGUUCAGGGGCCGGGUGGGCAGCUGGGGCUGCCUGUGCCCGCUGUUAAUGCCAUGUCCUGCUUGCUUCUCCAGCAGAUCUCGGUGUCGGGGGGCGGGCUGCCCCCGGUGAGCACCCUGACCAACAUCCACAGCUUGUCCCACCACAACCCGCAGCAGUCCCAGAACCUCAUCAUGACCCCGCUCUCCGGCGUCAUGGCCAUCGCACAGAGCCUGAACACGUCGCAGGCGCAGAGCGUGCCCGUCAUCAACAGCGUGGCCGGGAGCCUGGCGGCGCUGCAGCCCGUGCAGGUCUCGCAGCCGCCGCACCCAUGCCAUCAAUCCCCCGUGCGAUGCCCGUGCCCCGGCUUGACGGCUCCUCUCCCGCCUCCCGCAGUGUACGCACACAAGCAGGAGCCCCCCCAGUAUUCGCACACCUCCCGCUUCCCCUCGGCCAUGGUGGUGACCGACACGAGCAGCAUCAGCACCUUGACCAACAUGUCCUCCAGCAAGCAGGAGCCCCCCCAGUAUUCGCACACCUCCCGCUUCCCCUCGGCCAUGGUGGUGACCGACACGAGCAGCAUCAGCACCUUGACCAACAUGUCCUCCAGCAAGCAGGUACGCGGGGCCGCGUCGCGUUGCGCGCGGGGCCAGGUGCGCGCGCCCCUCGCGCACAAUGGGCCCUUCUCCCGCCGGCCCGGGGGCUGUGGGAAAUAUGUGGCCCUUAUUGAUCGCUAG